AUGUCGGCGAUAGAUGAACGAUCUCGUGGCCGAUACCUUCAGUGUCCAAUAGGAAAGCUAUUGAAUUCCCAAUUGUCGGGUGGUGUCGGACAAGGCAUUCCCGGCCAGAAUAGCAGUACGCUGUCGUCCAGCCAGCACUGUCCUUCGCUGGUGCCGGUGUUCCCGCUAAGGGCAGCGCACACAGGCGCCCAUGGUGCGCACUACUCCCCAUACUCGCCGUCCAGGUUUCACAUCGACAAACGAUGUCGGCACCGCUGCUCAUGGAAAUGUUUCAGCAUUGUUUUGAUAUUACUCAGUGUGGCACUUACUGCAAUGCUGGCUUAUUUUGCAGCUGUGAGUUCCAUGAAGCCCUCUAUCGAUCCAUCCAACUGCAUACUAGUACAAGACGUAAAAUCGGUCACACAUGACCAGAUGACACAAGAUUCGGCAUCUACACAAAUUCCCACGGAAGAGGUCGGCAACGCGGCGCCCGCGGGCGCCAUGGAGCCCCCGAUCAACUUUAGAGCGCCCUCGGUUAAUGUAAAUGUAUGA